AUGACAUCACAUUCCAUGUCAGAAUCAUCCGAUUUCUGUUGGAGAUCAUCGAUGAAAGACGCUCUAUCAUCAGAACGUUUAGAUGAAGGAGCACGUCCAGUAUUCUCUAAACAACUUGUACUGGCAAGUGAUAACAUUCAGAAUUUUGUACCGGAAUAUAUACGCGAGAAAUUUCAAGAACGAAUUGAACCAAAUUUAUGCACAAUCAAAGCAGUUUGCAAAGCUGAACACAAAAAGCCCUUUUACACAUUUGUAUUGAGUUGGUACAAAAAUCUGGCACACAUGGAUAUUGACAAUAGUGCGUCAAUUUCUAAAUCCAAAAAAUCGCCUAUAUGUGCUCCAUCAACGGGUGAACAAGUCCGUCGCUGCGAUGGACCAUGUGGAAAAAUGCUACCGGUGAGAGAGCUUCGGGUCCACGGGCGGUGUGAGCAUGCUAUCUGUCUAUUUUGUACCACCAAUGCACCGAUGAUUGAAAAUACUGAUGGUUCCAUAGGAUGUUGCAACGAGGAGUGUUUUGCUACUGAUUUAGCAGCCGUUUGUCCGGAUCUAGUUUUGCGGCAUAAAUAUUUCCAAAAGAUUAUUAACAAGCAUAAAAUGGAUGAAAUCAUAGCAAAAGGUCAUAAAAGUAGCAAUCACAAUAUGAAACAGCUGCAACAAGCUAUGCAGUUGUCAUCUCCUGCAUCUCAAACUUCAUCAAUAAGCAAAUCGAGCAGAACUAAACGGAGCCUAAAGGAGCUAAUGUGCGUCAAAGUGCUCGUUCUCGAGAAAGGCCCAAUGGAAACGAUUUGCCGACGUCAUUCCGUUGCUGAAAUUGGUUCCACAGAAUCUCUGCGUAACACUCUGCAAUGGAUUGUUGGCUAUGGGCAAAGUCUUCAUAAAUCUCGUAUUUUCUUUAAUUACGGUGGAAAUGUCGAAGUUUCAAAGCUGCAAGAAAUUGAUUUGAAGGAAUACGGUGAUAAGAAAAUUAUCAAUUUUCCAUCAACUAACGGGAUGCUCAGUUUUGUGAUUGACAAUACGAAUACCGUUAGAGGAAAUUCCUUUUCGCCUUAUGUCUGA